UUGGGUUUAGCAAACGAGAUCCUUCAAGUUGCAUUCGUAAGUACACAAGAAUAUGAGCCAUCAUAUAUGCAUGCAAUUUGUGAAUGUCAACCAGCUCCAUGUCACCGAAAUCAUGACGACUGAUGCACAGAGAAGCACGAGGAGCUGCAGAGGUUUGAAGAAUGAAGAUGGGUAUGAAAUUUCCAUUCCCUUUGAGGAUAAUAGCCUGGAUGAGUCUGGUUUCUAUAAUCAAAAUGACCACACCUUCGAUGAGUCAGACUCCGGUCAGAUUCCUACCUGUAGUCCAUACCUUCUGAUUACCAGCCUCCGAGCACAACUGCAGAUUUCUCUGGAAAAAAACUCCUGGAUCCAAAAACGCAUCGAAGAUCUGGAGGAGGAGAGAGACUUCCUGCGCUGCCAACUUGACCGAUUCAUUUUCAGCACCAAAAAUCAGGAGAGCAAUGGCAUGAUUGGGAAAGAAGCAGAAGCUGAGCCUCAGCCCACCACUCAGAAGCAGCCCACCAAUCAGAAGCCAACCCCCCGAAAGACAUCCAUUCCUUCUCCAUCACCCAUGAUGACACGCUCUGGAAAAAUCCCCACAUGCAUCCAGAAGCGCAGCAGAAAAAGCAAUCAAGAAGAGGAGGAGGUGAUUGAGGAGGAAGAGUAUAUAGCGGAGGAAGACUAUGUGGAAGAGGAGCAGGUUGUUACAGAUGAUGAUGGAGAUGAGACGGAGAGUAAUGGCUCACGUAAGUGUCGUUCAGGCAGGCAGAAUAGCCAGAUGAGGGUGAAAAGACGACGUGUUUUCCGUAUUGCACGAAGCAUGGAAAGACAAAGAGUUAAAGAUCCUGCAGGUGUUCUUCUUCGCUACAAUAAGAUCCUUGUAACCUAUCAGAAGUUGAAGAGCAUGUCUAGAGCAUUCCAGGUCCAUGGGGUUGACCGAAACACCGUCGCCUCCACCACUCCUAUCGCUGAAAUGCUUUUGGUUGCUCCUGAGAAGGUAUCUGAAGUUGGUGAGUUUGAUUCCUCCAAGGAAAAGCUUCUGGAUUAUGCAAGACGCUGCUAUAAAGCUCUUGAUGAGGAUGCUCACGCUAAGGUGCAGGCCUUGAAGAAGAACAACCUCUUGCUGCCCAUUUCAUACAGGUUCAGACACUAAAUUUCCACAAAUCAAUUCCUUUUUUGGGCUUUUUUUUUUUUCUACCUCCAAUUCUAGAUCUACACAUUUGGAGUGAAAAACUGUUCAAAUCCCAACACUGUGCCAACUCUGUUAAUAAUGAUGAUUCUUCAGAAAGAGUGUGUAGACUCCAAGAAUGGCAUGUUGAACAAAUACUGUACAGUUUUGAAAGUUAAAGAGAAAACAUUUAUUUGGGUAAAUUAAUAAAGGGAGAAGAACAAUUGUGAAAGAAAUAGUAAGUCACUGUGUAUAAAGGGUUGCCUGUCAUUUUCUUGUUUAUAUGCUUAUUUUUCUUAUGGUAAUGUUUGGAGACUCACUCCUUUAAUAUAAGGGACUUUUUUGUUUAUGUUCAGAAGUUGGGGAUCAUGCAAGACACCACUUUUCUUUAGUAUCCUGACCCUUGUCAUCAUAUUUGGACGAUGUAUGUCAGGCUAAAGAUUACUGAAUAAAGAUAAAGAUCACAGCUUGCUACCAUCUAAAAUAAUGUCUUCGUAAAAUCAUCUUCAGUGUUUCUAAACUUCUAAGUUUGCUAUCAAAUAAUAAAGAACCAACUUGAUCUUUGAUUAGUGGCCUUGGCUAUAAUAAUCUGCAAUUAUUUCCAUGCAAAACCUUAUGGACAAACCCAAAGAACAAAGAGUAGUAGUUGGUGGGUUUAUC